AUGGCGAUAACCGUUUACGACGCUUGCACGGAGAGGAAAAAAGCCCUAAAAAUCCUCAUUAUUAACGAUUCUGCCACUCCUUCUUCCUCUCCCUUCGUCGACGACCUCUCUUCAACUUUCCGUGACAACAUCAGAUCGUUUCUCACUGAUUACGCCGUCAAAGAAGAUUACACCGUCGACGGAGGAAACACCGUCUCUUGCCUUUUCCUUGGUAGCGAAGCAACCGGCGUCGUUUUCCCUCUUUUCACCAUCGAACAACAAAUCUCCGAUCCUUCUCCAGAUUCUCUCUGCGCUACCUGUAGAUGCGUUGGUUGGGGUAAUCAUUAUGUAUCGAAGAGGAAGUAUCAUUUGAUAAUCCCGAGGAUUGAUGAAUGGAAAAAACCAUUAACGAAAGAGAGCUUAGAGGUUACUUGUCAUUUGAUGCAUGGUGUGAUUCACUGUAAUGGUUUUGGUCAUUUGCUCUGUAUCAACAAUGAUGAAUCUAAAUACCUCUCUGGUGACCAAAUCAUGGAUUUUUGGGAUCGUCUUUGCUCAACUCUCCGCACAAGGAAGAUUUCAUUGGAUGAUAUAUCGAGGAAGGGAUCGAUGGAUCUGAGGCUACUCCAUGGUGUUGCAUAUGGUCGACCAUGGUUUGGGAAAUGGGGUUAUAUGUUCUCUCAUGGAAGCUUUGGGAUCAAAGAAGAUCAAUAUAGUCGAGCUAUUCACAUUCUUAGCUCUAUAGAAGUUGACAAGAUUAUGGAAGAUUUCUCUGGAACAAGAGACGAGAGAGUGAUGAACAUGAUCAUAGGAUUUUACAGAGUAUCCAGUGAAACCCCAUUGGUUACUCUCUCUGAUUUGCUUCGGUUCAUGAUUGCUUUCAGUUCUAAUUCUCCUGUUCAGAAAAAGACUGCAAUGGCAUUAGCAGCGAUGUCUUUAGAUACUGCAGUUUUGAAACCGAUUCUUAGAGAUGAUGACAACACUAAGGUUAGCUCCUCUUCCUCAUCUCUCGAUCUGGAUUCCGGCACAGACACUGUCCUUGAUGAUCAUCAGGAGACUACAGUCAUUCCCCCGAAGUAUGUCUCAUUUGAUACUUUGGCCGCGGCAGAAGCUUCUCGGUAUCCUGGAAGGAGACUGAAGGAGGCAGCACAAGCGGUUGUCAGAGUGUUUGAAGGGGGAAACAGCGUCAUUACUCGGCAGGAUCUUCGCGAGACUGUUAGAAGUAGUAUUGGUGAUACAGGGCUGAUUGAUUUCUUGCUCAAACACAUUGAUAAAGUUCUAAUAGGUGACAAAAUAGUUCAGAGGUUCACAAACCCGAAAAACCGUAUGCUACAGUUCUCCCUCCGGACAAUCAAUCCCCGUGCUCUGGAACAAGAAUCGAAAAACAAAAGGAAGCAGAAACCGCGAAAAACAAGUGAAUGGAAAUCCAACACUCCUGGACUGAGUGCGUACGAUGACACUUUAUAUCUGUAUCAGAAUCUCUUGGUAACUUAUCUUGAUUCAGAGAUAUACAGUAAUGCCUCUGAGGUUAUCUUGAACUCCAAGAGCUUUGUGAAAGAAUGGCCUUUACCGUCUUACCACCACAAGGAACAAGACCUUUUAACAGUAAGCUGCCAAGUUCUCCCCAAUCACGAAGAACUACUCAAAGAAUUCUCCCGGAAACUGCCUCCCGGAGAACUUGUGAUCGUUCCGCAAAACGCAACCAUCAGAGAACUGAAAUCUGCAGUAGAGAAAGCUCUUAGGGACACUUACUGGGUAACGGAUGAACUCGAAGUGUUGGAGAUAAGAAACAAAGAGCUAGAGAAGUUAGAAGAUAGUUGGAGUCUAGAUAAGAUUAAGACAGAGGAGUUUCUGGUGAAAGGGUUUGGUCUAGAUACAGUCACGGAGCUAAGGUACGAAGGAGGUUUUGAUGACUGGACUGUUGAUUGCAAAUGCGGAGCAAGAGAUGAUGAUGGUGAGAGAAUGGUGGAUUGUGAUGCUUGCAAGGUUUGGCACCACACAAUGUGCAAUUCAAUAGAAGACGAUGAAGAUGUGCCUCCGGUGUUUCACUGUUUCAGGUGUUCUGGAGAUAGCUUGCGUGCCAAGAAACGUACCGUCACCAGUCGCUUCGCCCUAACUUGCGAAACAAGCCAAGAACGUAUUGCAAGAGCGUCCAUGAUUUGA